UCUUCCAUAGGAUUCUUCAACCUCUGCUGCACCCCGCAGAUUACCAGCUUCCAUCCAUGGCUGGUCUCCCCUAUUUAUACACCAACUCCUUCCCCUGCCAGCUUCGUCUCCCAAGGCAAGAGCAACGCAAAGCAAAGAACAGAUACUUCUUCUCUCCACCUGCCUCGCAAGCUUCUUCUGUUUCUUGGAUCUCACCUCGCCACGCCAUUGACGCCAUAAGGAGCUUGUGAGAGGUGGUAGCCAAGAAGGAGGAGGAGGAGAUGGGGUUCGUGCUGGUGAUCUCGCUGCCCUUCAUCUUCUUCUCCAUCCUGCUCGGCUUCGGCUGCUACUUCCUCGGCAAGCACAAGGGCCGCGAGGAGAUGCGCACCGGCGUCGGCGCCCAGGUCUACGGCACGCCGCUGCCGCCGCCCGGCGUCGGAGCGCCGCCGCCGGAGCCGUUCACGGCGAAGAAGGACGGCCCCGAGAAUCUCGUCUGAUCAGCCUCGGCUGCUGCUGCUGCUGAAUCGGCUCAUUUCUUUUUCUUGCUAUACUGUACUGUUCGUGCCGCGGUGGUGUACAUGAAGUGGUUAAUUUGGUUGUUCUUCAUGUUGAGUUCAGUGUGAUAAUUUGUAAUCACAAUCUAUGUGUUUCUUUUUUUCUUUUGGUAAAAUGGGUUCGAAUCCAAAAUUUGUAAUCACAAAUUCGCAAUUAGCGCCCAGACAAGUGAUUUGAUUGAUUGGCUAUUGGAUUGAUCCA